AUGUUUUCGCUCGCUCGGCUUGCAUUCCCAGCUUCCUAUUAUUCGCUCGCUCGUCCCAAUUCUUUCUCAACACAUGAUGCGCGUCGCUCUCCGUGCGUCGCCCGUCGCCUCCGAGAGCUGACCGACCGACGGCCGCAGGCGGUCUCGUGUGCCAGCCACCUCCCGCUUUCCUCGGCCGCGAUGCCGCCGCUUUGCUCUUUGACGCACUCGUUUCGAGGCGCCUUUCGCCUCCUGCCAAUCGCUAUACCGACCCUCCUUUCGACCCUCUGCGCGACCACGACACUCAUUUCCGCGGCUCACGCGGCCCCCAGCCCCGGUCAAGGUGGCACCGGCGGCAACAACGGCGGCACCGUCGGCGCGACGCCGCACGACAGCUACUCGUCUUCGGUCGGCGUCCUCGGCUGCAAGAUCAACACCAACCGUGUCGCCUACUGGCCCGACCCGGUCGACUGCAACAACAUCUGCGUCUCCCUCUCGUACGGGAACCGGAAGCUCCAUCUCCUGCGCGUGGACCAGUCCGCCGGCGCCUACGACGUGAGCUACGAUGCCUGGAACUACCUCUACUCGGGCUACGGCGCGGCCGAGAAGCCGGUCGCUGGCGGCGCCGUCAGCAUGAAGUACGAGAACGUCGAUGCCUCCCACUGCGCCGACCUCAUCCAUGGCGACGACGCCAAGCUUCCCCUCAGCGCCGCCAACAGCAUGAUCUUUCUCUCGAGCUGCCUGGACCAGUCGUCGAGCUACGUGGCCAAGAAUUACGUCCUCUACAACGUCCUCGAUCCGCUCUGCUCCUUGGGUUACGAUGAGCCCUGCCGACUCGAUUGGCCCAACGGGAAUCAGGCGGCCUGCCCCCACAUCCUCGGCAUGCCAGCCCGGCUCCGAGGCGCGCCCGUCUACAACCUUCGGUACCCAACCGGGCAAAAGGUUUUGGCCUCGUCCACGGGCGAGACCGAGGUGGGUGACGAGAGCCUGGCGAGGAGUCGCGCCCGCUUACGAGCGGCCGCUUUGCCCUGGAUUGUUGCUGCCCUCGUCUUGGUGCUUGCCGCAUGCUGCUAG